AUGUUUGACUCGCAGGUCGGCACGGUCACCGCGUGGCCGUCGCUGCUCUCGUUCGCUGCGUCCUGGGACGCGAGUCUCACCCGCGAGUUCGCGUCUGCCCUCGGCCGCGAGUUCCGCGCCAAGGGCGCAAACGUGAUCCUCGGGCCGAGCGUCAAUGUACACCGCGUGGCGCGCAACGGCCGCAACGCCGAGUACUUGUCUGGCGAGGAGCCGCGCCUUGGCGAGGUGCUCGUGGCAGCGUACGUCCAGGGCGUGCAGUCGGAGAAGGUUGCGGCGGUGGUCAAGCACUAUGCGCUCAACAACCAGGAGACGCACCGCGCGACGGUCGACGUGGAGGUGGACGAGCGGACGCGGCGCGAAGUGUACUACCCGCCCUUUGAGGCGGCGGUGCGUGCGGGCGUCGCCUCCUUCAUGUGUUCGUACAACUUGGUG